AUGUCAUCGUCCGUUCAUUUCAAAUUCAAGUCCCAGAAAGAGCCUUCUCGGGUAACUUUUGAUGGCACCGGUAUUUCUGUCUUCGAGCUCAAGCGAGAGAUCAUCAGCCAGAGUAGAUUGGGUGACGGGUCUGACUUUGAGCUGUCCAUCUACAAUGAGGACACCAAAGAAGAGUAUGAUGAUGACACCACCAUCAUCCCCCGGUCCACCUCCGUCAUAGCCCGCCGAUUACCUGCAGCUCGCCCAGGAAAAGGCGGUGCUGCCCGCUAUGUCUCCGGUAAAAUGCCCGUUAACGCCCGCAACGCUUCCCGUAUCGAGCCGUCGACCACUCGAGCAGUUCCCGGAACUGGCAGCGUCAACAACAAUGUCCUGGAACUCAAUAAUGCACAGACGGAGGAAGAAAAGAUCAAUGCGCUCUUCAACCUGCAGGCCAGUCAAUGGCAAGAGCAACAGCAGGAGAUGGCAAAUGCGACUCCUGUGCCAUUCGGUCGCGGUAGAGGAAAGCCGGUCAAUGUUCCUGACCACCCUCCGCCUCCCGGUUACCUUUGUUACCGCUGCAGAGAGAAAGGCCACUGGAUUCAAGCAUGUCCCACAAACAAUGACCCCAAAUUCGACGGCAAGUAUAGGGUCAAACGGUCCACCGGCAUCCCCCGAUCGCUCCAGACGAAGGUUGAAAAGCCAGAAGGCCUGGCCCCCGACGGUUCUAGUGAUGACGCGAGAAAUACAGGGGUAAUGGUCAAUGCAGAUGGUGAUUUCGUCAUUGCAAAGCCGGACAAGGCGGCCUGGGAAUUGUAUCAGGAAAAGGCCAAGGCAUCUGCUGCGGCUGCCGCUGAAGCGGCCGCGGUGGAGGAAAGCAAGGCACUGCAGGCUCGGGGUCUGGAAUGCUCAAUUGACAAGAGAAUGUUCUUAGAGCCAACAAAGACACCUUGUUGCCAGCGAACAUAUUGCAAUGACUGUAUUUCAAAUGCUUUGAUUGAAAGUGACUUUGUUUGUCCCGGUUGUUCUACAGAGGGAGUACUGCUCGAUAACCUUACCCCCGAUGAGGAGGCAGCUUCCAAAAUCAAGACAUACGAGGCAGAGAAGGCCGAGGCAAAGAAAGAGAAGGAAAAACAGGCUGCCUGCCGGGAUAGCGUACCGGUCAACGGGACCCCCGAUCACGACGAGUCCAAGGAAGCCGACUCUAAGGAGCGUUCCCCAUCCCAUCAAGAGGCGGUCGAUGCAGAUGCGUCCACUCAGUCGAAGAAGCGGCCGGCCGAUGAUGACCCGACCUCCGAAGUGGACGGCCACGGCCCCGGUAAUGAGGCAAAGAAGCAGAAGGGAGACGAGGAGUCCAACCCUCCGGGCACUGAAAGCAACGCCAAGGAGUCCUCCACUAGCGCCGCUGUCCCAUUUAACUCUCAGAUGCCUUUCGGAGGAUUUGGCAUGAUGCCGUCUUUCUCGGAAUCCGGGUUCGGCAACGAUGCCAUGGGAUUCAUGAACCCGAUGGCCAUGGCCAAUGGCUUCCCCAAUGCGAUGGGCCCCGGAUGGAACCCGAUGAAUAUGCCUUUCAACCCAAUCCAGGCCGGAAUGUAUGGCGAUCAGUCCAACGGGUUUCCCAAUAUGUUCAAUGGUGAUCCGUCCAUGUCGAUGUUUCCCAUGGCCCAGAUGGCUGCACAGAUGCAGAAUCCCGGUUUCCAGGGCCCGGGUAUGAACAACUUUUCCAACCAACAGCGGACUGCAUUUGGGGGCCCUUAUUCUCGUGAAGAGGACUCCCCAUACUUCCGCCAGCCUGUGAACCCACAACGUCAUCAAGCUCGGAAUCGAAGGGUGCGGCCGAGUGACUACCGGGAAUUGUGA